AUGAACAUUGGGGGAGGAAGAUUUUUACUUGGAAGAGUAUCGAAUAAUCCGACUUCUGGGAUAGUCGGCCUUGCCAAUGUUGGUAAGUCUACCUUUUUUCAGGCAAUAACAAAUUCUAAAUUGGGCAAUCCUGCUAAUUAUCCAUUUGCUACUAUUGAUCCAGAAUGUGCCAAAGUCAACACCCCUAGCGUGCCACUAUCUAAUCUAUUUAACAUAUAUCAAAGUGCAAAAAUCGUUCCUGGAACUCUUACAAUAUACGACAUUGCGGGGCUUACUAGAGGCGCAUCGCAAGGCCAUGGUUUGGGUAACAAGUUCUUGAACGAUAUCAGGCACGUAGAUGGCAUAUUCCAAGUGGUGAGAGGGUUUCUAAAAGAUGAUAUUACACAUAUAGAGGGCAAUGUGGAUCCCGUCAGAGAUUUAUCAGUGGUACAAGAUGAACUAAUCUUGAAAGACUUGGAAUUUCUGGAAAACAUCAGGGAAAGGUUGGAUAAAAAAAUGAGAAUGAUUUCGAAAAAUGCUAAAGAAUAUCAAGAGAUGAAAGUGGAGACAGAAUUAUUAAACGCGUUAGAGGAACAUUUAUUCAACGGUAAAAAAAUUCGACAUUUCAAAGAUCACUGGAGCCUGGACGAGGUCAAAAUUUUGAAUAAGCACAAUUUUUUAACUUCCAAACCAACUUUGAUAUUACUAAAUGUUUCACCUCAGGAUUACAUUAAGAACGAAAAUAAGUUUGUAAAAGAUAUCCUCAAAUGGGUUAAUGAAUUUUCGCCGGGGGAUAAAUUGUUACUGUUAAGUGCGGAAUUCGAAACGCACUUGAUUGAAUCUAGUGGCACAGAAUCAGAGUAUUUUGGCAAAAUCAGGCAAGAUAAGAACAUUUCUGAUAAACAGCUAGUGUCUGCAAUACCGCAAAUAAUACUAGAAAUGAGGAAGUUGUUGAACCUAAUUAGCUUUUUCACAUGCGGUCCGCAAGAAGUCCAUCAAUGGAACAUAAGAGAGGGAACCACUGCUCACGAGGCAGCUGGCGUGAUCCAUAGCGAUUUGCGCGACACGUUCAUUAGCGCUGACAUAAUAAAAUAUGACGAUCUGAAGGCCAUGGAGCCACCAUUGAAUGAGUCCUUACUAAAAUCUAAAGGACUGAUCAAACGUGCGGGGAAACAGUAUAUCAUGCAGGAUAACGACAUUGUCCUAUUUAAAGCCGCAGGUGGUAAAACCAAGUGA